UCCCACACAAACAUAACAUUUCUCAAUCGGCUCAGUCUGUUAGUGUCAGCAGCCAUGGACUCAAUCAGUUGUUCAAUAUGUCUGGAUCUACUGAAGAAUCCGGUGACUAUUCCCUGUGGACACAGCUACUGUAUGGGCUGUAUUAAGGACUGCUGGGAUCAGGAUGAUCUGAAGGGUGUCUAUAACUGCCCUCAGUGCAGACAGACCUUCACCCCAAGGCCUGUUCUGAACAGAAACACUAUGUUUUCUGAAUUGGUGGAGACUCUGAAGAAGACAGGACUCCAAGUUGCUACCCCUGCUCACCAUUAUGCUGGACCUGGAGAUGUUGCGUGUGAUGUCUGUACUGGGAGAAAACUCAAAGCUGUCAAGUCAUGUCUGGUGUGUCUGGCCUCUUACUGUGAGACUCACCUCCAGCCUCACUAUGAAUCUCCUACCUUUAAGAAGCACAAGCUGGUCAAAGCCUCUACACAACUAGAGGAGAAUAUCUGCUCUCAUCAUGACAAACUGGUGGAGAUUUACUGCCAUACCGAUCAGCAGUUUAUCUGUUAUCUGUGUACAAUGUAUGAACACAAAGGCCAUGAUACAGUCUCAGCUGAAUCAGAAAGGACUGAGAGACAGAGGAAGGUGAGAGAGAAAAAUAAGGAAUCCAAACAGAGAAUCCAGAAGAGACAGAAAGAGAUGCAUGAGGUGAGACAGGCUGUGAAGUCACUCAAGCGCUCUGCACAAGCAGCAGUUGGGGAAAGUGAGAGGAUAUUUACUGAGCUCAUCCGCUCCGUUGACAGAAGGCGCUCUGAGGUGGAAGAGCUGAUCAGAUCCCAGGAGAAGGCUGAAGUGAGUCGGGCUGAAGGACUGCUGAAGCAACUGGACCAGGAGAUGGCUGAGCUGAGGAGAAGAGAAGCUGAGCUGGAGAAGCUUUCAAACACAGAAGACAACAUCCAAUUCCACCAGUAUUUCCAGUCUCUCUAUGUCCCUAUAUUACCCAGCAUCACUGUCAACCACCACAUCUCCUUUGAGGAUGUAAAGAAAUCAGUCUCUGGGCUGAAAAGUAAAGUUGAAAAAAUAUGUUCUGCGGAAAUUGCCAAAAUCUCUGUAAAAAUGACAAAAGUCCACAUUGUUCGACCUUCUGAGCCCCGUUGUCUUCCAUCAUUUGACACAACUCAGUCUAGACAGUCAGUUGGAGGACUAGCAUCACAUUGGAAUGACUCCACCUGUCAGAAGACGAGGCCUGAACCCAAGACCAGAGAGGAGUUCUUAGAAUAUUCCUGUCAGCUCACAUUGGAUCCCAACACAGCACAUAAAAUGCUGUGUCUGUCUGAGGGGAACAGAAAGGUUACACAGAGUAACAACAACCAGCUUUAUCCUGACCAUCCAGACAGAUUUACCAAUGGCUGCCAGGUGUUGUGUAGAGAGGGUCUGUCUGGAGCCUGCUACUGGGAGGUAGAAUGGACCGGGGUGGAGGUUUAUAUAGCUGUCUCAUAUAAAGGGAUCAACAGGAGAGCCUGGGAUUGGUUUGGAAGCAGUAAUCAGGCCUGGUGUUUGGAAUGUGGUGCCUUUGACUGCUCUUUCUGGUACAAUGGUAAACGGACUGCCAUAUGUGUCCCCAUUUCCACCAGAGUAGGAGUGCACCUGGACCACAGGGCAGGAACUCUGUCCUUCUACAGUGUCUCUGACACAAUGACGCUCCUCCACAGAGUCCAGACCCCAUUCACUGAACCCCUCUAUCCUGGGUUCGGUUUCAAUUAUGGAUCUGUGAAUAUACUGACAUGUGAAGGAGCUGAUCAGCGCCCAGGGGAAGUGAGUCGGGCUGAAGGACUGUUGAAGCAACUGGACCAGGAGAUGGCUGAGCUGAAGAGGAGAGACGCCAAGCUGGAGCAGCUCUCAAACACAGAAGACAACAUCCAAUUCCUCCAGAGUUUCCAGUCUUUCUAUGUCCCUCUGUUACCCAGCAUCACUGUCAACCAACACGUCUUCUUUGAGGAUGUAAAGAAAUCAGUCUCUGAGCUGAAAAGUCAAGUUAAAAACAUCUGCUCUGGGAGUAUUGCCAAGAUCUCUGUAAACGUGACAAAAGUCCACAUUGUUCGACCUUCUGAGCCCCGUUGUCUUCCAUCAUUUGACACAACUCAGUCUAGACAGUCAGUUGGAGGACUAGCAUCACAUUGGAAUGACUCCACCUGUCAGAAGACGAGGCCUGAACCCAAGACCAGAGAGGAGUUCUUAGAAUAUUCCUGUCAGCUCACAUUGGAUCCCAACACAGCACAUAAAAUGCUGUGUCUGUCUAAGGGGAACAGAAAGGUUACACAGAGUAACAACAACCAGCUUUAUCCUGACCAUCCAGACAGAUUUACCAAUGGCUGCCAGGUGUUGUGUAGAGAGGGUCUGUCUGGAGCCUGCUACUGGGAGGUAGAAUGGACCGGGGUGGAGGUUUAUAUAGCUGUCUCAUAUAAAGGGAUCAACAGGAGAGCCUGGGAUUGGUUUGGAAGCAGUAAUCAGGCCUGGUGUUUGGAAUGUGGUGCCUCUCGCGGCACAUUCUACCACAAUGGUAAACUGACUGCCAUAUGUGUCCCCCUUUCCACCAGAGUAGGAGUGUACCUGGACCACAGGGCAGAAACUCUGUCUUUCUACAGUGUCUCUGACACAAUGACCCUCCUCCACAGAGUCCAGACCCCUUUCACUGAACCCCUCUAUCCUGGGUUCUUUGUCGGUAGAUCUGUGAAAAUAAUGACAUCAACACAGUGAUUAAGGCCAGGAUUCAAUCUGAGCACUCUAGUCAACAAUGCAGCUUCUGGGUCAAUCAUUAUAGUAAAGUAUUUCCAUUGAUAGGUCAAUUCCCUUCCCAUGAUUUAACUGUAGUCACAUAGUGUUACCUCACUGUGAUUCAGUUAUGGUUUUAUUGAUCAUGGAUGGAUCGACAGAUUAGAAUCAUAUUGUAUUUCGGUAAAAUUAAUAUUUUCACAAUGAUGUAUUUAAACAAGCAGCAAUGACUCUGAGCUGUUUAGUUCAGUUCAGAUUUGUUUUCAUCGUUUAGUCCACCAGGUGGCAAACUAUGCAUAGUUUACGAGACAAUCGUAAUGUAGGCAGAGCACUGCAGUUACAAUGUCUUUGAAGUGCAGAGCUAGGAUUUAAACCUAAUCCCAAUCUCAUCUCUCAUCAAUUUAAAGGUAAUGAUAUAAAUUAGGAUGAUCAUUUAGACAUGUAUACAACAUUCAGAGUAGUGCUGCUAUGAAUUGACGACAAUUAGAUACAGUAGUUACCAUUCUGCCUGAUUUUUAUUUUUUUUAAGAUACGUGGUUUAAACUAUGAUUAGGAAUUAUAGGCCUAAAUGAUCAUUUGAAAUUGAUCGCUAGGAUUUCAAUUACACUUGGUCUUCAACGUAUUACUACUGACAUUGUGUUUUCAGAUGUAUGUUUAGAAGUGACCGAUAUCCAGUCAUCAAUGUUAUGAAAUGUCUCUCCAAUCUACAGAUGGCUGAAAACUGCAAAGAUGGCUGCGGCCUGAUAUGCCGGGAAUUGCAGACACGCACUCAAACGUUAUGAGUUAAAACUAUAUACAAAAUUAAUCUGUGUUUACAAAAGCUCAAUUCCAUGGCUUGUUCUCUUGGUCUCCUAUAUGAAGAAUUCACAUUCAUGAAAUAAUCAAACCAGUGGUGAAAAACAGACUAAAAUAAAUGCACUUCAUUAUGAUGAUA